GUGCGGCGGGCCCGUUGCCGCGCAGUGCGCUGAGUGCGGGUGGCGGGACGGGCCCGCUGCUGCUCCGCCGCUUCCCCCGCCAUGAGCAGCGGCGCGGGCCCCGCCGCCCGGCUGUGCCGCCUGGAGCGCGGCCCGGAUGGCUACGGCUUCCACCUGCACGGUGAGAAGGGCAAGCCGGGCCAGUUCAUCCGUCUGGUGGAGGCGGGCUCGCCGGCCGAGCGGUCGGGGCUGCGCGCUGGGGACCGGCUGCUGGAGGUGGACGGCGAGAACGUGGAACGGGAGAGCCAUCAGCAGGUGGUGGAGCGGAUCCGCGCCGCCGCCGGCACCGUCAGUCUUCUCGUCGUAGACUCGACGGCCGAGGAUCAGCUGCCGAAGCAGGGCGGGGCGGGCGCCGAGCCGCCGGUGGUCGGCGGGCAGGCGGCUCCGGUACCGGCGGAGCCCGCGGCGCGGGAGCCCGGUGGUGGCGACCAGCGGGAGGAGCUGAGACCUCGGCUGUGCCACAUGAAGAAGGGCCCCGAUGGCUACGGCUUCAACCUGCACAGUGACAAGAGCCGCCCCGGGCAGUACGUGCGCGCCGUGGACCCCGGCUCGCCGGCCGAGGCGGCGGGGCUGGCCCCCCAGGACCGCAUCAUCGAGGUGAAUGGUGUGUGCAUGGAGGGCAAGCAGCACAGUGACGUGGUGGCAGCCAUCAAGGCGAGUGGUGACGAGACCAAGCUGCUGGUGGUGGACAUGCUCACAGAUGAGUUCUUCAAGAAGUGCAAGGUGGUGCCCUCAGAGCAGCACCUGACAGGUCCCUUGCCAGAACCAGUAGCCAAUGGUGAUAUAGGGAAGGAGAACGGGGCCGAGCCGCAGCCGGUGUCGGUGUCGGAGCGCCCGCCCAGCCCCGCGGCCCCGGCCGUGUCCCCGCCGUGCCCCAGCGAGAGCCGCGGCCAGGACGGUGACAAUCGCCACUCAGCAUCCGGCUCCCUGCUGGACCUCGACAUCCCGCUGGCCGUGGCCAAGGAGCGCGCGCACCAGAAGCGCACCAGUAAGAGAGCACCCCAGAUGGACUGGAGCAAGAAAAACGAACUGUUCAGCAACCUGUGAAGGCCCUGAGGCGGGGUGGGUGUCUUCUAGCACCCCCCCAGCCCCAUACCCACCUCUCCUGCACUCCUCUCCUCCCUGCCAUGGGCUCCUGGUAGAGAUGUGGGGCUGCUCCCUCCACCCUGACCCAAGAGCUGGGCUUGGUGGCCAGUGAGCAUCCCUGCAGAGGGGUUCUGGCCCGGGGGUGCUGGGGGUGCCCCCUCCCGAAAGCUCAUCCCCAGGGUGCUCCUCCAGCCCUGCCUUGAAGCCCUGCACACCCUGGUAAGCACAAGCAGGGGUUUGGGAGGGAUCAAGGGUUUGGGGUGGCCUGAUGCCCAACACUCCUGGUCCCCACUGUUCCCUGUUUCUUCCCCCACCCCAAACCUCAUCUCUGUUUGAGAUCCCUCUCCCCCAAAUUACCCUUUAGCUGUAAAACCUGAGGCUUUAAUGUCUUCUCCCAAACCCCACCUGCCCAGCCACUGACCACAGCCAGGGCAUUUCACCCUGGCCUGGCAAGCUCCGUCCACAAUGACCCUGUCCCUUUGCCUCUUCAGCUGCAAGGAGGGGUAUGGGUGCCCAGCACUGGGGAGUGCCCAGCACCCUGCCCCGGGGCAAAUUUUGGGAGAGGAGAGGGUGUCUGGAGCCAGCACAGCAAGCAAUAAUAGUCUCCUUUGCUCCUGCACACUCCUGGAGACGGAGCCAAUCAGGGUUUGAAUCCAACACUGUUUAAUUUAAAAGCUUCUCACAGACUUUUUGGUUUUUUUCUGAAAUGAGUGUUUUUCCAAUCACAUCUAUUUUUUUUAACCUGUAUUUUGUGGAAAUUCUUCCUGUGGAUGUUUUGUUUCCAUGUGCUGCAAUCAGGUGUUGUUGUACUGUUGAGCUCAAGAGAAAUUCUGUUUACUGGAAUAAACCUUUCUGACUUCACAA